AUGUCAUUAGAAGAGGACCCAAAAGUUAACGUUAUGCAGGGUCUUAAAACUGUUUUGUCCAAAAUGGAACUUGCUGUCGCGAAACGUAGCAAAGAUCUACCACAGAUAGCACCAAAGUUAGUAGCUGUAUCUAAAAUAAAACCAGCAUCUUUGAUUUUGGAAGCAUAUCAAAUAGGCCAAAGGGAUUUUGGUGAAAACUAUGUUAAUGAACUUGCAACAAAAGCCAACGAUCCUCUUAUAUUGGAAAACUGUAAAGACAUUAAGUGGCAUUUGAUUGGUCCCCUACAAACAAACAAAAUCAACAAAGUGCUUGGUGUACCAAGAUUGCACAUGAUACAAACGGUACAUUCACAAAAGUUGGCUGAUAAUUUGAACAAACAAUGGGGCAAAUAUAGGAAGGAGGAGGUAAAACUAGCUAUCAUGGUGCAGGUUAAUACAAGUGGAGAAGAAGCAAAAAGCGGAAUUGAACCGGAAAAUGCUUCAAAGUUAGUUGAGCAUGUACUAAAGAACUGUGAAAACCUGGAUUUCAAAGGUCUUAUGACCAUUGGAGAAUAUGACUAUGAUGUUUCCAGAGGACCAAAUCCUGAUUUCAUCUCUUUAGCAAAGAUCAGACAGGAAGUAUGCCAGAAUUUAAACCUUGACAUAAAUCAAGUGGAGUUGUCUAUGGGAAUGUCCACAGAUUAUGAACAUGCAAUUGAAAUGGGAGCAACAACAAUACGUGUUGGUUCAACAAUCUUUGGACUACGACCACAAAAAAAUCAGGAAAUUGAAUCUCAAUGA